AUGCAACAUAUUCUUCAAAACGCACAUACCAUCGCCAAGAAGCAUAAGGUUCUGUCCAUCCAAGAUAUGGACGAUCAGAUUCAGUUCAAAAUGCGAAGUGGAACACCAACCCUCCUAAUCGUUGCACCAUGGUCUUCCGAAAAGACACCCAUCUGGGAGAAAGCCGUGCAAGAGAUGAUUGUGAGUCUGGCUGAGUUGUCCAAAGCAUCCUCGAUCAGAGAAGGCGAUAUUCAUGUCGAGAUCAUCACUAUGGAACUUGAAGGGCCAAUUUAUUUAGGUCCUCUAAGAACGCCUCCCUCCAGGGCACCUGGGAUUGGGUCCGUGCUGAAGUCCAUGACUGCCCCCAGUCCUUCCAAGCAACUAAAGAUUGCUUGA